ACACGGAUCGGACCCCACAGAUAAUUAUAAUUUUAUUGCAUAAUUACUACGGAAACUAGAUCACUAUGUAAAUAUAUAUUCCAUUCAUCAUGAGUUUGCGGUUUACACAUUAAGUAUACGAUUUAUUAUUAUGAUUAUCAUUAUUGUUGCUUCUCUACUGUUUACUGUUAUUUGACAGUCAUUUCUGGCUCGUUGACCUAUAAUUGUUAUUUUUCAUUUGUUGGUGUGGUGCAGUCCGUUAUGUCUGUUUACUAACUACAUUUACUUGAAACAUAGAUGUAGUAAAGGCUGAUUGCUAUUUCUGGAUUCCAGACGGAAUGUAGAGAAGAGCUAGAGAAUAGUGGGCCAAUAAGAACUUAGCUGGCCUCUCAAGAUUAAUAGUUCUGGAUGUGUGAUUAGCCUAUUUAGGAACACCAAGCUCUAGAGUAAUUCCUAUCAAUUCGUUACAUGGAUUCUGAUCAAAAAUGUUUCGUACUUGGAUUAUUCAUUUGUAAAUUAAAACAAAAUACACUCAGGUUGUCCUUAUCAUCCUAUUACACAUAGGUAAUACAUAGUAAAUUUCAAUGAAUGGAAUUAAGUUUAAUUCAGAUCAAAAUGAUAAUCAAUAUGAUAAUUAUAUAGGACUAUUGAAUAAUCAUGAUACAUUAUAUUCUACUGAUUACAAUAAUCAUACUACUCAUUUAUUAAAUUUUCAACAUAUUUCUAAUGACAUUAAUGAAAUCAAUGUAGGACCAUAUUUAAAACAAUUACAAUGUGUUAUAGGAGAAUUAGUUGAAUCAGAAUCAGUUUAUUUAAAAAGUUUAUGUGAUAUUGAAGAAGGUUACUUAUUACGUUUAGAAACAAAUCAAAGUGUAGAUCAACAAUUUCUAGAUGUUGUCUUUCAUAGAAUAUCAGAUUUACGAGUUUUUCACGCACAGCUUCAUUCUGAUCUUUAUGUGAAUCGGGAAAAUUUUAUUCAACUUGGACGGGUAUUUCUAGUGAAUGCAAAACAUUUUGAAGAGCUCUAUGUGGAUUUUUGUCUUAAUUAUCCAAAAACUAUUCGUUUGCUUGAAGAAGCCCAAAAAUCUCGUACAGAUACUUGGAUAUAUCUUAAUAAUUGUCAGUCAGAAUUACAACAUCAGCUUCCUCUUGCCACAUAUCUUCUUAAACCAGUACAACGUAUACUCAAGUAUCAAUUAUUUUUACAGGAAUGUGUCAAACAUUUAAGUCAAAUAACAACAGAACUAUUAAAUUCGAAAUCAUCAUUACCAGGUAGAGAUUUAUCGAUUAGUAGUAAUACUGUAGAUCCUUCAGAAUGUAAUACUAAUCAUAAUAAUGAUGUAUUGUUGGAGUUUUUCAAUCAUUCUAUUUGUACAUUAAGACAAGCAUUAGAAUGUAUGAUUCAAGUGGCAGAUCAUAUCAAUGAACGUAAACGUUAUCGUGAAUUAUUAGAUCAACUUCGGAUUACUCGAUUAGAUGUAGAUGAUUGGGGUGAUCUUGUAUUACAUGAUCUUUUCCGUAUACCGGGUAAAAAAGACCUACGUCUUGUUCUCUUAUUUCAGUGUGCACUUAUCCUAUGCAAAUAUACACCACCUACAUCUUCAACCGGUAUCAGUUUGUCAACUUCCCAAUCCUUAACUAUCAAUGAUUACUGGAGCAAUACAUCGAAUGUAAUGACAACUAAAACAAUGAAAUCACGUGGUGGAUCAGAUAGAGUAUCAGGAAAUUCUAGUCAUAGGAUUUCAAAUGUUAGAUCGAUCGAAAUACGUGAAGUGAUUAGUUGUACUAAUUUAAUGCUAGUUGAAUGUAUCGAUAAAGAUCCAUUAGCAUUUCAUAUAUUACCAUUUGAUAAUCCUAAAGCACAACGUACUUUACAAGCAAUCAAUUUAGAUAUUAAACGUUUAUGGUGUCGUGAAAUAAAACGUUUAAUAUUAGAAAAUUAUGAUGCAGCUAUUCCAGAAAGAGCAAAACAAAUUGUACUUAACAUGGCAGAUUUAACUUAUGGUCCACCUAUUAAAGAUAUAUCUGAUCUACCUAUGAGUUUAUGUAAUUUACAGCAAGUUGGAACAAAUAAUUUUGAAGAUGACUGUUUAAAUCAAAACUGUUCAAAUGAUCGAGUACAUCGUAAAAGUGAUACAGCUCUUCCAGGUCUUCGAAGCUUUUUAAAUCGACAAACAAACAAACAUUCAGUUUAUUCAAAUCCAAUUCACACACCUAAUCUAUCUUUGAAUAAUAAUAAUAUCAAUGAAUGCAGAAUACCUUUAUCAGCAAAUGGUUGUGUAUUGAAUGGCAAGAAAAACGUCAUCAGUGAUAAAUUCUUACCCUCUGAUGAUGAUAGUAAUAAUUCAACUGAUAGGCAUCUUGAUUCAUUAUUACACGAAGCCUGGGAGGAAAUAUGGGCUAAACAUCAGCAUUCACCAGUUAAAGCAACUUUUGUAAAUGGUCAGUCAGAUUCUUUGGAAAACGGUAAUCUUCAUAAUUAUCAUCAGGAUAAUUGUAAAUUGCAUACAGAGGAUGUUGAUUUAUCUGGUUCAAUAGUAACAACCAAAGCGAAUAAUGAUGCAGACUUCCGGUGUAUUGCUGUAGAAAUUAAUGAAGAGAAAUUUGGUCUUUCAUCACCUGUUACUGUGCCAACGUGUACUGUUAAUGAAAAUAAGAAAUACUCAGUAUCUUCACUAUCUAAUUUAAAUACAAAUCCUUCAAAUUGUUGUGUAAAUAAUUCAGAUAACUUCAAAUUUUCUACUCCUACUUCAUCAUCUCCUUCUUCACAACAUUUAUUGCAUUAUUCUUCAUCACCUAAUUUUCCACCUUGUCAACGAUCAUCAUCAACAUUGUUAUCUAAUAAAUCUGCACAUAAUCACAAUCGUACAACUUCCGUUUAUAUUGACUGUCCAAAUACAUCAUAUUAUGAUGUAAUUACGUUCGGUCGAACUUAUGAACAGUAUAUUGCUAAAGCACGAGCAAUGGUAGCUUUAUCUCCAAAAGAUUUAGAUGAAAUAUUUAGUCCAUUACGAGAAUUACCAUUUAUUAAUCGUGAAAAUCAAUUAUCCCAUACUUCACUUCAUUAUCACAAUCAAGAUGAUAUAUUAUCUACUAAUGUUAUCAAUGUAACAACAACUCAUUGUUCAACUAUUCCAUUAAUAUUAAACACAAAUGUUAAUUCAGUGAAACAAUUAUCUGAUAGCAAUUCGACAACGAUGGUGAAGAAUCGAAAUUGCUUAGGUUCUGAAUUAAAAUUAUCUUUAACUAAUCUUACAUCUUCUGUAGAAGAAAAUAAUGGUAAUGAUAAAAGUAAUGAUUAUUGCUCAUCGUCUGGUGCUAGUUCUCCACGACAUUUAGUUAGUUGUAUCGCUGUAACACAUAAUCGAAAUGGACUGAAUAGUAAUUUAGUAACAAAAAAUAUAACUGUUUUGCCGAGUAACACCACUGAUACCCCAGCCAUAACAAUGGACAGUCGUGUAUCAGCUGCAAGAUCGAAUUCACUAUCAUCAGGAUUCCGAACAAGUGAAUCCAAAAAUAAUGUUGAUCUAGUCGAUAAUUUUGAUCGUGGACGAAGUUUUAGACGUUCGAAUCUUGAUUCAAUUGAUAGAACUAUGAACCGUCAAAUUUCUCAUAUCCACAUCAAUUCUAGAUCACCUUUAAGUUCACCAAAAAGAUCUCAAUCACAUGUAUUUGUAUCAAAUGGUCGGUUAAAUAAAUCCAGUGUUUCUAAACCACCUAGAUUUGUAAGCUACAACAGUCCAUUGGAAUCUGUUGGGAAAUCACUUAAAGCUAACCAUAAUCAAUCAAUGGACCAUGAUAAACAGUUGACACAGAACAUGACAAACAAGAUUUCUUCCUCCUCUCCGUUAUAUAAUAAUGAUGAUGUAUUGAAUAAACGAGGACGUCGAAAGUCUCGUGCACCUGCUCCACCAAUCAAAUUAUUGGAGAAUACCUCUGAAACUACAACGGUAUUUACGACUUCCACUACUACUGUUACUACUAUUACUACUACUACUACCACUACUACUAAUGCUACCACUACCACCACUACGCUUAGAGCUCCAUUAGCAGUUUCUGAAUGUGGCCAAGAGUUUGGUGAUAAUGACGAUGAUAAAUGUAUAGAAUCUAUCUGUCAGGGUCCUAUUCGAGCUGUAACAACAUCUUUGUCAGCAACACCUAUAAAGUCGAAUGUUCCUUGUUUAACAAAUUCGCAGCAUGUAGUCUCCACUUCAUUCCGCAAUACAAUAAAUACUCUAAAUGGAAGUAAUACAGAGAAACCAGUUAAACCACCACGAAGACUUAUUAAUAAUACAUCCUCUUCUACUGAAGCUCUGAAUAAAUCUGGAAAGACUAUAUCUAGUCGAUAUUAUUCUCCAACUUUAAAAAGUUCUCAUAAUCCUUCAACUUCACAACAAAAGUUUCCUCAUGAUAUCCCUUUUCAACAUCGAGGUAUUGUGAAAAAUAUGAUAAAUAGAUUUCAACAGCCUUAAAAUCUAGAUUUUUGUUUCUCUCAAUUAAUCUGCUUUUCAUCUUGUCAUUUAUAUUUUUUCAUUACAAAAAUCCAUCGCUUCUUGCUAACUGACUAAAUUGAUUUUAUACUUACCGGUUCGUACAGAUUCUUUUUCCAUCUUACUUUUAUUUAUUUAAAUAAAUUAUACUACUUAUAAUAAAUAGUAGUUAAAAUUAUUAAGUGAAAUUAUUGUACCGUUUGUUUUUACAUAGCAACAAAAACAUUCUAAUUUGCUUUUGUCCAUUAAUUCUGUUUAUUUUAAUAGAUGGAAGAGAAUAUUUUGUCUCGUUUCAAACUGAUACAUAUUUAUUAUCUACUAUUCAAUGAUAUGUACUUUAUCUUAUAUGUUUAUAAGUGUAUUAAGGUAAAUUUGUUGCUUGUUUUUCAAUAGUUAUUUGUUUUCCCGUUAUGUUUCUUCAGUUUCAUUUUCCAGUUUAUCAAAGUUUAUAAAUCGAAUUUUUUUUUUCAGGGGUGGGCUGGGAGUAGGUUAUUGUAAUUGUUCUGUUUUUGAUUCAUCUAUGUUUCUUUUUUCAUUUGUACUUUUUUUUUGAAAUCACUGUUUAGGAUCUUAUUAUUUUCUCUGAAUAACUUCAUGACAGAGUUCAUGAUAAACUUCCAUAUAGGAUCUUAAAAAAAGAAGUUGUUUAUUCAUGUGAUAUUUUGUUUCUUAAUGUAGUUAUACUAUGCUUUGAGAAUAAAAUAUUCCUGAACUAAUUGAUGAGAUCAUCAUCAUGAUCUAUUUCAUUUACUCUUGUGAAUGUUUUAAAUAAUUAUAUAGGUAAUUUACAGAAAAUUACAUAUACUCUAAUGUUUUUCUUUUCAGCAUUUAAUAAAGAAUAUUUGUUAGCUUAUUAUAAAA